AGACAGGCGAUAGACGCCAGCGGAGAAGGUGUCGGUGACAUGAUGAAAUUCCUGAUGGCAUUUUCGUAAAUGUCUCCUCUUUUAUGCCCUUACGUUAUUUCCCGCUUGCAACAUAAGAGAGUGGAAGAAGAAGAGAGAGAGACUGAGAGAGAGAGAAGAAGAAGAUGAACGAGGUGAUUCUCCAUGUAUACGACGUGACGAACAGCGCUUCUCCCAAAACCAACAACACCAUAGUUCAAAUCAACAAGAUCUUCAAAGACGGAAUCGGACUGGGCGGGAUCUUUCACAGCGCUGUCCAGGUUUAUGGAGAUGAGGAGUGGUCAUUUGGAUUUUGUGAAAUUGGCACUGGGGUUUUUAGCUGUCCUCCAGGCAAAAACCCUAUGUAUUCCUUUCGUGAAAGCAUCGUCCUUGGCAAGACGAACUCUUCAAUCUUCAAGGUAAAUCAGAUUCUGAGGGAGCUUAGCAGAGAGUGGCCUGGAAACUCGUAUGACCUGUUGUCGAAAAACUGCAACCACUUUUGCGAUGAGUUCUGUGAAAGGCUUGGUGUGCCAAAACUUCCAGCUUGGGUUAACCGGUUUGCCAAUGCUGGUGAUGCUGCCAUGGAAGUUGCUGGAAAUACGGCAUUACGAUUUAGACAAGCUAAGACAGAAAUCGUAACUGCCAGCAAGGUAGCGUAUCGAUUUAUCUUGGGAGUGACCUCCAACUCUGCCAAUCCGGAGUCUCCAAGCAAUUCCAACAGAGGCGGCUCGCCCAGAUACCAAGGCGCGUGGUUCAAAAACUUCAUUUCCGUUGGUGCCAAACCAUCGAGCAGUUCAGACCAUCCUGACCAGCCCGAGGAGACUCUUCAACAACAACAGCAACAACAACAACAACGACAACAAUCUACAGAACAACAUCCCAAUGGUUCACAACAUGUUCUUUGAGGACCGAAGAGCUGCGGCAGCCUUCUCGCCACACUGUGUACUAGUCAUGAAAACUCUGCAUUGCCAUCAACAUGCUAUUCAUUCGGUGCACUGUAAAAUUUCAGUUCUGCAUAACAUCUUUCCAUACAAACUAAAAUGUGCAAAUAGUUACAUGGAAAUGAUUGUUAUCAUAUUACAUUUCAUCUGAAUCGAGAGUGUCUUGUGUC